AUGUUUUUAUUACAAAUUUCAACUUGUUUUUCUCCACAGGCAGCAAAAGAUAUCAUUUUCAUUGGACCUGACACACGUGCUAUUCAAGCCAUGGGUGACAAGAUUGAAAGCAAAUUAUUAGCCAAGAAAGCAAAAGUUAACACAAUCCCUGGCUUUGAUGGGAUAGUAAAGGAUACAGAUGAAGCUGUCAGAAUUGCAAGGGAAAUUGGCUACCCUGUCAUGAUCAAGGCCUCAGCAGGUGGUGGUGGGAAAGGCAUGCGCAUCGCUUGGAAUGAUGAAGAGACCAGGGAUGGUUUUAGAUUGUCAUCUCAAGAAGCUGCUUCUAGUUUUGGUGAUGAUAGAUUACUAAUAGAAAAAUUUAUUGAUAACCCUCGUCAUAUAGAAAUACAGGUUUUAGGUGAUAAACAUGGAAAUGCUUUGUGGAUUAAUGAAAGAGAGUGCUCAAUUCAGAGAAGAAAUCAGAAGGUGGUGGAGGAAGCACCAAGCACUUUCUUGGAUCCCGAGACUCGUAGAGCGAUGGGUGAACAAGCUGUAGCUCUCGCCAAAGCAGUACGGUAUUCCUCUGCUGGAACUGUGGAGUUCCUUGUGGACUCCAAGAAGAAUUUUUACUUCUUGGAAAUGAAUACAAGACUCCAGGUUGAACAUCCUGUCACAGAAUGCAUCACUGGCCUGGACUUAGUCCAAGAAAUGAUCCGUGUUGCUAAGGGUUACCCUCUCAGGCACAAGCAAGCUGAUAUUCCCAUCAAUGGUUGGGCAAUUGAAUGUCGGGUUUAUGCUGAGGACCCCUACAAGUCUUUUGGUUUACCGUCUAUUGGGAGAUUGUCUCAGUACCAAGAACCAACACAUCUACCUGGUUCUGAUACUAUUUUAUUUUUAGGUGUUACACAUAAUAUUGCAUUACUUCGAGAGGUGAUAAUCAACUCGCGCUUUGUAAAAGGAGACAUCAGCACUAAAUUUCUCUCUGAAGUCUAUCCUGAUGGUUUCAAAGGUUUGUAUGCACUGGAAUGUUUUUUUGUCAUUAGAAGUUCUUUCAAAGUUAUUUUUAAGCUUUGUGAACAGAGACAAUCCUCACAACCUGAUCUUAUCUGGAUAUGGCUCCUGGAAAGUCUGCAGCUCUCCUGCGAUCAGCAUCCUGAUGAGGCACAGGCCCAGACAACACCAAAGUCAAGAGAACCCCAGAGCAGCAGCCUGACUUUUCACCAUGCUGGAAGUUCUCUGAACUUGGUUCAGAUGAACAGCCACUUUCUGAAGGUCUUUUCUUCCUGCAAAGACCUGCGUGCGGGAACUGACCUCAGUGGCUGUGGAAUGCAGCACACUACUCUGGAUCAUUUUACAGACCACCCACUGCGAAAAGUGCCUGUUAUUAAACCAGACAUGGCUAAGUGGGAGCUCUCAAUAAAACUGCACGAUGAAGAGCACACUGUGGUAGCGUCAAACAAUGGGUCAACAUUCUCUGUGGAAGUUGAUGGGACGAAACUAAAUGUGACCAGUACGUGGAACCUGGCUUUGCCCUUAUUGUCUGUCAGCAUUGAUGGUACGCAGAGGACUGUGCAGUGUCUUUUGCGAGAAGCAGGUGGAAACAUGCACAUUCAGUUUCUUGGUACAGUGGGCCUCAGACUGGAUUGCCCCUUGGGACUUCCCUACUUCUCCCAUAUUGCACUGGUUCCCGCUUUCCUGGGACAGGGAAAAGAAGAUCCUCUUUCUACUGACUUGGUGAACUUCAACAAAUUACUUAACUGCUCUGGUCCUCAACUUUCUCAUCAGCAAGGUAGACUGCUACUUCUAUAGAAAGAAAAUGUCUUUAAAAUGCCUGAAAAGAACAGGCACUUGGUAUGUAAUAGUUCAGAUCUCAUUACAACCAUCUCCUCACUUUGCUUCAUUUGACUUGUGUUUUUCCCUCUUUUUUUUUCUUACUUGCUCGAAAUUUGAUCUCAAUUGAGCCCACAAUUUAGUGCUUAUUCUAUAGAAAAACUCAUAAUGAAAAUCUUUUUUAUUUGAAAGCCAAAUUUUUGUUCAUCCUUUGGCUAUGACCUCAGUACAGUUGAACAUACUGUUUGUCAGUGAAUGCUAAGUUAAAGCACAUACCUAAUCUGUACCUGGUGGCAGUGAGAUACUUAAGAACACCUGUUUCAGUGAAGAAUAAUGAACAACACCAAGAGUAAACCUUGACCAGAGAAGACCUUGGUUCCUUGUGUUUGAUUGAACAUUGCUGCUUAAGAAAAGUUGGAUUGAAAAGGCAAAUGCUUCUGCUACAGAAUGUGGGUAAACUUUCUUUUACCCACCUCACUUAGAAAGAGCUGUCAUUUUCAUUGGGCCAUUCAGGUCACUGUGUGUAUUGCUUUGUAUUGUUCUCUGCUCUUUCAUACCUAUAAACUGAUUGUUGUUGCUCCUUAUUUAUAGUGACAAUGAUGUGAAAAUCUCUCUUUUCAAAUGGGCAAGUGAACUAAACAGAACUUUCUCAAAAGAAGAAAUUCAGAUGGCCAAAAAACACAUGAAAAAAUGCUCACCAUC